AUGAGCAAAUUUCGCAAAUCGUUUUACACCGUUAAGACCACGCUUUUCGAUUUACCAUUUAAGCAAAUCACGCAAGUUAUGGAAGACUCCGCAACAUCAGCAUGGAACAUCCACAUCAGUUCCUCCGACCUCAGCAAACUCAAAACCGGGUUCGAGGCGCCGGAUAUGGAUCACAGAUGGGAAAUCACUCCUAAAGGAGCUGAUGAGAAUGGAAUUAUAUAUAUCCAUAUCAGUCGCAGCUGGACUGAAGAAGAUCAUUUUAUUUUUGCUGUGAAACCGAAUGAUGGAGAAGGUGCGGAGAUUGUGUCUAUUACGUGGGAUCGAAAUGAGGGGGAGGUGAGGAGGGAUGAAGAAUAUGCGAAGAAGGAAGUGGUGAUGGUUUGUAGGAUGGUGUUGAAGUGCGAGUUUGAGACGCGGCCGUUUUCUGAUAGGCAGCUUUUGUGGUCUGAGAGGCGGUAG